CGCUGUAUCGGCGCGUGAACAGAAAACGAAGCACACCUGUUGGGCAGCUGCAGGUGAGCCGGGAGAUUGGAUACUGGCAAUUUGACAGACCAAAAGGAUUUUUGGCGAGUGGCAGCGGUAGCGAAACGUAAAUUGCAAGAAUCUUGCCUGAAAAUGGAAUUUGAUAAAAUAAAGUCCUCAGCCGCACUCAUGUAUGAUGAGUUCAUCCAAAAUGCAGACCGGCGGACAGACACCUGGUUCCUUAUGUCCUCUCCUCUCCCCCAAACAAUCGUCAUCGCAGCGUACAUUUACUUUGUCACAUCGCUGGGGCCUCGGAUGAUGCAGAACCGCAAAGCCUUCGACCUCAAAGGAGUUCUAAUCGUCUACAACUUCGGCGUGGUGGCUCUCUCGCUCUACAUGUGCUAUGAGUUUGUGAUGUCCGGAUGGGGAACUGGCUACUCUUUUCACUGUGACCCGGUCGACUACUCUGAUUCUCCACAGGCUUUGAGGAUGGCGUCAACAUGCUGGCUUUACUACUUCUCAAAGUUCAUUGAGAUGUUGGACACGAUCUUCUUUGUGCUGAGAAAGAAAAAUAGCCAGGUGACAUUUCUUCAUCUCUUUCAUCACUCAAUCAUGCCCUUCACCUGGUGGUUUGGAGUUCGGUUUUCUGCAGGUGGGAUGGGGACAUUUCACGCCCUGCUUAACUGUAUCGUCCAUGUUAUCAUGUACUCUUACUACGGCCUGACUGCUUUGGGCCCAAACUACCAGAAGUACUUGUGGUGGAAAAAAUACCUGACUACCAUUCAGCUGAUCCAGUUUGUUAUGGUGACAAGCCACAUCUCCCAGUAUUUCUUCACAAAGCACUGCGCCUACCAGUUCCCCAUCUUUGUCUACAUCAUCGGCUCGUACGGCCUGAUUUUCCUGUUCCUCUUCCUCAACUUCUGGUACCACGCCUACACCAAGGGCAAGAGGCUGCCUAAAGUACUGCAGAAUCAGACAUGGGCGCACCACAGCAAUGGAGUUAUGAAUGGAAACGCCAGUCAUGAAAAAGAUGAGUGAUGCAGGCUGGGGG